AUGGUAGAGCUCCAAGAGGCCACUGUGAACUGGGAUGCUGCCCAGAAAAGUGUGGUCCUGAAGCGAGGGGUGAUGGAGACAGAGGGGGGAGCCUACGGUUACUUCAAUGACACUCUGCUCAUGUCUGGAUGGGGCGUUUUGGAGAUCUGCGCAGGACAUGGAGGAGUCACACAGGAGGAUGAGACCACCUUCUUCCUGGCCGGGUAUCUGGAGGGCUAUCUCACAGCUGGACAGAUGUUCUAUCAUUACUCCAACAUGUAUCCUCAACUCAUAAAGGAUGAGAAGGCUUUGAAUCCCCUGAAAACGUUUUUAAGCAAACAGGACCAGUGGGCCAGAGAGCAGGUGAAACUAAGGAGACACAGCGACCCCUUGUGGAAGCAUCUGGGGCUGAUCCUGGCCCAGCUGGAUGGACUUCAUGCUGGGGCCGCACAGUGGGCCAAAAGCGAACACAGAGAGCCUCUGUCAGCGUUCGCCCUCCAGUUUCUGAACGGUGUUGGCGACCUCCUGGACCUCGUCCCAGCUCUGACGCCUCGCUCCAACUCCUCCACAGGGACCGGCACUCUCAGGAUGCCAGGAAUGGGCCACUGCACCGCUCUCAUCAAGGUGCUGCCAGGCUUUGAGAACCUGCUGUUUGGCCACUCGAGCUGGUAUACGUAUGCAGCCACCAUGAGGAUCUAUAAACACUGGGACUUCAGGCUGUCUGACACACACGCUGCCACUGGAAGGAUGUCGUUCAGCAGCUACCCUGGCUUCCUGAUGUCUCUGGAUGACUUCUACCUUCUCGGGAGCGGCCUGCUGAUGACGCAGACCUCCAUCGGUGUCUUCAACGUCUCUCUGUUCUCCCAGCUGAGUCCUCACAGCCUGCUGGCCUGGCAGAGAGUCCGCCUGGCCAACAGCCUGGCGCACAGCGGAGAGGAGUGGGCACACAUCUUCUCCAAAUACAACUCAGGUACAUAUAACAGCCAGUACAUGGUGGUGGACCUGAGCAGGGUUUCUCUGGGUCACAGUAUCAGGAAUGGAGCUCUGACUGUGGUGGAGCAGAUUCCUGGGAAGGUAUUGCACUCUGAUCAGACUCAAGCUUUACGCAGAGGCUAUUGGCCAUCUUACAACAUACCAUUUCAUGCUGAAAUCUACAACCUGAGCGGGUACGGUGUGAUGUGGAAGAGAUACGGUGAGGACUUCUCUUACGACCUCUGUCCCCGAGCCAAAAUCCUCCGCAGGGACCAUGCCAAGGUGUCUGACCUCAGCUCCCUCAAACGCAUCAUGAGAUACAACAACUACAAGAGAGAGCCCUACUCCAAAGGCCAUCCAUGUAAAACCAUCUGUUGCCGUAACGACCUGAGACUGAGGAGGCCGCGUCCAGGAGGUUGCUAUGACUCUAAGGUGACGGACUACCAGAUGGCUGUGCAGCUGGUUGCAGAGGCAAUAAACGGCCCCACGACACAGGGGGGCCUCCGUCCAUUCUCAUGGCAAUCCUUCAACCUCUCGACUCAUAGAGGUCUCCCACACACCUACAACUUUCCCUUCAUCCCCAUGAAGCCCACACUGCACCGACCGUGA